AAAAAUAACGUUGUUGGGCGUCUCGUUGUGUAAUCUGAUUAUACCAAAGCUUUGCAUUGCAGGUGUGCCUCGUGUGGACUGUGGAUAACGGGGCAACGGUCAUCCAAGGAAUCCAAUCUCAACAGCGACAACAACAUCGUCUUCUUUUCCAGAAGUUGAGUUCAUUUAUUUUUGGCCUCACAACUUUGCAGAUUUUGUUAUGGGUAGAGCAGUAGCCCACUUGUCGCUUUCUUCUCGUCCUUUACAUCAAUUACUUUGUGUUUGAUAAGGUGGUUUUUAGCUUAAUGGGUCCUGUCCAUUGAUGAGUUUUGCAUUAUGAAGGCUUCUUUUAAGUGGGUAUGGUUUGAAGUUUGAAUCUUGAAACUUGAAACUUUCGCUAAAAGUGAUUAUAUUGGGGUGGUUGCUGAAUGCUUUUGCAGAAAGGGUUUUGUUAAUUUUUGUAGGUUUUGACGUGGCUUAAUUUCUUAGAAUUGAGCGGCCUUUUUGGGUUUCUGAUACCUGUUUUAUUGGAAGAAAGAGGAUUUUUCUUUGUAUUGCUGACUUGCUGUUGUUGCUGCUGCUGGAAAUGGUGAUCUGGGAUUGAUUAUCUCAAGUUUGUAAGAGUACUGUUGGUUUUCUCUGUGAAUUGUUUCACUCCCUUUUGUCUAGCCUUGUGGAUCGUCUUUUUUUUAGAAAAAAAUUGAUUGAUCGUUUUGUCUGUCCAAUUGAUUAUUGCGAGAGAAGUCUUGAGUGGUUCCAUCAAGCAUUCAGUUUUGACAUUCUUACUUUGUUCAGAAAUGAGUGCUAGGAAUUUGAGCAAUGACUAAAUUUAAUCCUGUUAUCAGGAUGAUGUCUCAAUCCGUGGAAUCAAUCAUUUUCUAAAAUUGAUUCUUGCACUUAAAACUUAUAGGUUUAAACCUUUUUUGCUUUUGUGGUUUUGGAUUUAUGGAACUGGUUACCCCUGGCCUUCUUGUCUUGAGAAUUGAGGCAGAUUGGAAAAUAAGCUGUGGAACUUGGAUAGUGUAGUAACUUUCCCCAAGGAAGUGAAGCAUAAAUGGACUUAUGGGUUGUGGCAGCAACUGCUGCUACUGAAUAUAUGGGUAAGUAUUGGAAUAAUCUUUCAAGGGGUGAGAAUGACUUACUAGAGUUGGCUUCUGACGUUCCCAACUUUGGGAAGCCUGAAUCCCCAAGCUGUCCCUUCUCGAGGUUCAUACAGAGAAAGAGAGUGGAAAAAAAUGUGUCUGAUGAUAGGGGAAAGGGGUUAGAUCCGAGACAUUCAGAUAAGCAUCAACUAGAGUGUGCUUCGGCAGCAGAAGUGGAUUCUACUAAUUGGGAUGUCCUUUCAACAUUGCACUCAGUUCCAGCUCUCAUGGUAAGUUAUAAUCUAAUAGCAAAUUGGAACGGAAACGGGCCAAGUGGUGAUAUUGGUAGUAAAUAUGGUAACACUCCCAUGGAAGAGUUGGAUUCUUUACAUGGUUCAUUCAGGAAAAAGGGCUAUCUCAGAGCUAAAUAUUUUCCUCGGCAUUUUGUUAAACCUUUAAAUUCCAUAGAAAGUUGUCUUCUGGCUAAGCUACAGAUGGAAGGUGCUAAUGUGGAAGAAUAUGCUCUUAGUGCUCCUCCAUCAGCACGCAGACCAACUAUGAGGCCUUUGCUUGUAACUAAUGGAAGCAAAAUUAUUAGCAGAGCACGUCGUGAUUUUUCUAGUGCACAGAUCAGAAUUGAUGAUAAUAAACAGUGCAACGAGGGAAACGUUUCUGGCGUUCCUCAAUUACCCAGUGUUGGGUAUUCAGGUCACCCCAGGAAGCUAAAGCUUAAGAGAGGACAAAGGCACAAUAGCCGAUCAAGCAGUUCCAGUAAACAGCACAGCGGGAAGCACUUUCAGCCACAAGACAGGCCACGUAAUGGAACGUUUUUAUUCUAUCUUGGGGUCUCCGUUGGUAUAGUUUCAUCUUUCGUGAAAAAUACAAGAGAAGUGAACAAACUGAAAGAAUUGCUGAAGCAGACAGAAAACUUGGUUCAAGAUUUACAGGAGGAACUUGAUAUGAAAGAAUCAUUGACUAUGAAGGAGCUAGCUAAUGAGACAUCUGAAUCACAAGAUGCAUGUGUCCAUGCCUCUCACAACAUAGCACAACCAUUUUUCCCUGAACAGUGCAGGAAUAAUUCAACAAGUAAUGAUAGUAAAGAGUCUAACAAUGAGAAGGCUGUCGAGAGCUCAGAAUCUAUGAGUAAAAUUGAAGCUGAGCUUGAAGCUGAACUAGAGAGGUUGGGUUUGAACAUAAAUACAUCUAUUUACCAGGGAAGACUGCCCGAUCUUCAGCUUGACCCAGUUUUUGCAGCUGACUUUGCUGAAGGCGUAGUGAAUGUUGAUAUCGUCAAUGACCAAACCGUUGCCCAUCCCGAGUCAAAUCAAGACAAGAGUGGCACCUCCACACAUGAUUUUCAAAACUAUGUGGUCUCACCCCGAGAACUAAGCUUGCGUUUGCAUGAAGUUGUUCAAUCAAGACUAGAAGAACGAGUGGAAGAGCUUGAGACAGCCCUUCAAAGCAGCCGGAGGAAUAUGCAACUUGUGGAAUCAGAAUACGACAAUUCUUGGAGAAAAUCAGCAUACCGUGAGCUCAUGUAUUUCUCCACGCCUGAAAGUCCUAUUGCUAAAGAAGAAAGCAACUCCAUGCCCCUGCCUUUAGGUAUGAAUUUAUCAGGGGAAGCUCUAGAUGCAUACAACGAGGCGUAUGAAGAGCUAAUGAUGACAAACGACUCAGAAGAUGAGGAUUCACUAUCUGGGGUUUACAGAAAUAGACAUCAAAUGGACUUACAAAGUUUUUCCUGGGGCAAAAACGACGAGGUAAAUGGCUUGCACCAUACCCCAAGUAAAGAAGAAACAUCAAAGGAAUUUAGUUCUAGUCUUGUAAAAACAUCAGCAGAGCACUUCUCAAGGGUCCAGGACUUACUGGAUGCUGGUAUAAGCGCGGAGGAGAAUACUGAUAGCGAUGACAAUGAGAUGGAUCAGCAGUUGAUAAAGCUAAUUGUGGAGAAGGCCAAGAAAGAUUCCUCUGUAGUGCUGAAUGCACAGAAAGCAGCAUUGUUUUUGAGGGAUGAAAUUGAACAUUGAAAUGAAAUUAGUGUUUUCUGAGGUCUAUAGUCCUACAGUUUUAUUGAACAAAGCCA